ACUUUCCUUCUUUGUCUUGGAAUCCUCAACGCUUUGCUUCUCUAUACUCUCUCUUUGCUUUCUCUGCGAAUUUUGGAAGAGCGACAAUGUCGAGACUUUCUCAUUUGUGUCUCUCUCUACUCUUUCUUUCUCUCCUUCACUGUCAUUUCGCUUCUUCUUCAUCUUCCGUCACCGAUUUAGAGUCUCUUCUCAAUUUCAAAUCCUCCGCUGAUUCCACCGGGAAACUUAACUCGUGGAACUCAACCACCGACACUUGCAAAUGGACCGGAGUCUCCUGCGUCGGAAACCGAGUCACGCGACUCGUCCUCGAGAAUCUCCAACUCACCGGGUCAAUCGAACAACUCGCCUCGCUCACUGAGCUCCGAGUUCUCAGCCUCAAGCGAAACCACCUCUCCGGCUCCGUCCCCGACCUCUCAAAGCUCACAGCUUUAAAACUACUCUUCUUAUCGGAAAACCAAUUCUCCGGUGAGUUUCCGGCGUCGGUUACUUCACUCUCUCGUCUCUACCGUCUUGAUCUCUCCUUCAACAACUUCUCCGGCGAGAUUCCUCCGAGUUUAACUCAUUUAACCCAUCUCCUCACUCUCCGGCUAGAAACAAACUCGUUUUCCGGCCAAAUACCAAACAUCAACCUCUCCGAUCUCCAAGACUUUAACGUCUCCGGCAACAAACUCGAAGGCCAGAUACCAAAUUCCUUGUCCCAAUUCCCAAAGUCCAUUUUUUCUCAAAACCCAUCUCUCUGUGGAGCUCCAUUGCUGCUAAAAUGCUCCAUCGAUCCAACGAAACCGGGUCAACCCGAAAGAGCAAGAGCUAUUCCUUCCUCUCCAACAUCGGUUCACUCCAAUAACAACAACAAAAGCACGACGAGAAUCAGCACCGUGGCACUCGUGGCAAUCAUCCUCGGAGACGUUUUAAUACUAAGCUUGGUCUCUCUCCUUCUCUACUGCUGCUUUUGGAGACAAUACGCGACGAGCAGGAAGAAAAACUCGAAGGUUCUUGAAGGAGAGAAGAUUGUCUACUCGUCGAAUCCGUACCCGCACAACCACCAUCAGCAGCAGCAGCAACAACAAGGAGGCGGUGGUGAGAGGGGUAGAAUGGUCUUUUUCGAAGGAACACGGCGGUUUGAGCUUGAAGAUCUUCUCCGAGCAUCGGCUGAGAUGCUCGGGAAAGGAGGAUUCGGGACGGCGUACAAGGCGGUUCUUGACGACGGCAAUGAGGUCGCCGUGAAGCGGUUGAAAGACGCCGUGACGGUGGCUGGGAAGAAAGAGUUUGAGAAUCAGAUGGAGGUUUUGGGAAGGCUCCGUCACGCUAAUCUCGUGAGCUUGAAAGCUUAUUACUUUGCUAGAGAAGAGAAGCUUUUGGUCUAUGAGUACAUGCCUAAUGGUAGCCUCUUCUGGCUUCUCCACGGAAACCGUGGGCCGGGUCGGACUCCACUGGACUGGACCACGCGCCUAAAGAUCGCAGCAGGGGCGGCGCGUGGAGUAGCUUUUAUCCACAACUCAUGUAAAACCCUGAAGCUCACACACGGCGACAUCAAAUCAAACAACGUCCUCCUCGACAUCUCCGGCAACGCUCGUGUUUCCGAUUUCGGACUAUCUAUCUUCUUGCCGUCGCAAAUCACCGCUAAAUCCAACGGCUACCGAGCGCCGGAGCUGAUCGACGGCAGAAAAUCCACACAAAAAUCCGACGUUUACUCGUUCGGAGUGCUUCUCUUGGAGAUACUCACCGGAAAAUGUCCAAAUCUUGUGGACACGUGUCACUCCGGCGAGGCGGUGGAUUUGCCGAGGUGGGUCCAAUCGGUGGUGAGAGAGGAGUGGACGGCGGAGGUGUUUGAUUUGGAGCUGAUGAGGUAUAAGGAUAUAGAGGAGGAGAUGGUGGGGCUGUUGCAGAUUGCUAUGGCUUGCACGGCGGCGACGGCGGAUAAUCGUCCGAAGAUGAGUCAUGUGGUGAAGAUGAUUGAGGAUAUACGUGGUGGUGGUGGCUCGGAGGCGUCACCGUGUAACGACGGGAUCAAUUCUGCGACGGCGGAGUCUUCGCCGUGUGUAUCUGAGGACACGUGUGGUGGGAUUACUAGUCGCUAGUUUAGUAGUAUGAUUCGUUUUUACUAGAAUUUGUAAAUCACGUCACUAAAAUCUUACCUUUUGUCAUUUUUUUCUGAUAUUUUACUGUCAUAACACUUCCUAAUGUUUUAAGCCUUUUGGUUUUCCUUUUUU